GGAUUUGCAAAACCAACUAGAGCACAGUUUUAUUAAAGUAAACAAAUUCACGUACCAUUAUCAGCCAAUCAAAUUUCAACGUGUUCGUCUGAAAUACUAUCUCUCCGCGAAAGAAAAGCAAAUAUUCACAGUAAUUUCUAGUAUAUACAUUUCUUGCUGUUUAACACUGUGCAUAUAUAUGCAAUGCAAUAUUACAUUCCGGGUAUUUAAUCUAUCAGCAAACUAUAAAUUAUCAAUAAUUAUGUAAUUUCUUCUUGUUUUAGAGACGGACAGUGCCUGUGGUACCAUUAACGUACGGGGAUGGGUAGCUGUUUCUUCUCUAGUAUUAUCUACAAUCUUUGAAUUAUUUGCUAUUAUCAUCUGGAGUAUGACCUGCUGCAAAGGAUUCUGUUGCAAAACAAAUGAGAACAGAAAUGAAGAAGAAAACCCCACGUUUCAAAGCAGGCUUGUACGCAUACGACCCAAUGCAUACUUUCGCGAGUCAUGCGCAAAAUUAUGGGAGGUUGCAACCAUGUUUGGAAAUGCAUUAACAAUUGCAGGGAUAUCUAUUUUCUUUCAAAAGUGCGGCAAAUCGUAUGUGCUGGCUGAUUUGGAUAAAGCUGCAGUAUUGGAUGGAGUCGGUUUGGCAGUGUGUUAUUUUACAUUUAUCAGAUUCAUGAAGUUCAAUUCGAAUUUUUCGUUGCUGUUCAACACGAUUAAAAAGGCAGCUCCUGGAGUACUUAGCUUUCUUCUCUGUGUAGGAAUGCUUUUUGUUGGUUCGUUCAUGUUUGCGUAUGUUGUUCUUGGACCCUAUCACGUGAAGUUUGAUGAACCGCAGAAGACGUUUGAUACCUUAUUUUCUAUCAUCAACGGAGAUGAAAUCUUUGCUACUAUGGCAAUGCUGGAAGCAAAAAAAGCCGGCAACAGUGGUCUGAUUGCAACCUUCAUGUAUAUCUUUGUGUAUACAUACGUUCUGCUGUUCACAGUAGUGGUGUUCAAUCUCCUAAUUGCACUCUUUAAUAGUGCAUACGAAGAAAUGCAGAAGAUGGAUGAAGAAAAAAAGAUGAAGAAGCUGAAAGAUCGUGGAUUAACCAAGGGACUUCCAGAUGAUGGGUCAAACGAAACACAAAGGGUGGAUUUAAAAGAACCAUAUGAACUGUCCGACCUACUAAAGGAAUGGAAUCCUACCUGUUCAGGGUAUAUAGAAAAAGAGCCGUGUUCAAGACUUCGGGCUAUUUGCUAUCCAGAUAUAUAAUUAUUGUUAUGUUUAUAUUAGUACGCUAAUUUUUUAACACUGUCAAUAUUGUUACACGAAAAUACAGUGUAUGUUAUCGUAUCUGUUGAAAAUCUAUGAUUAAGGUGUGUCAGUAUUGAAUAAGGUCAUAUAAACGUUUGGAAAUGGUAAAAUUCUGAUAAUUGAUUUGUUUCACGAACAUAAGAAAAAGUGUUAAAUUAAUUUUGUUUCAUUGUGAACUGAUCUAUAACUUCACUGAAGCCGUUUAAAAUAUAAACUGUAUAAAAAUACUUUUAACUAUCUAAAAUGUAUUUAUAUAAAGAAUAUUGAAAUUCAUUAAGCAAAGUUACUUCAUUGGAAAUAAGUUCUUUUCCCGUCAUUUAUAUUCUUAUUUCCGUCACGUAUUUCAUUUUAAGUUUAAUCAAAUACGAGGGUGCAAAUAUUUCUGUCGCUAAGCCACAAAAAUGUGAACGAGGAAAUUUACCUAGAUAACACCUGUACCAACCCCUCAGAGCAUUCCUUCUUAACAGAAACACAUGUUUGUAGACGCGAUAUCCAUUGUCUAAAAGCGUCAGAGUAGUCUGCUAUUGGUAUCUGUUUCAAGCACUGGUGGAUUGUGCUUUCAACUGCCACAUCGUUGCCAAGAUAACAUUUUCUCGAAGAAAAAGAAAAGGGCCGCCGCAAAGUAUAGAGUUAAAUCUGGAGAAUAUUUUAACAUUUUCGAUGAGCAAAAGGUUGAUAACGAGCUGGAGAUGCCAUGAAGAAGGAAAAUGCCUUUCAAACAAGUACUCCGGCGUUGGUUUUUUAUGGUAUUUCUUGAUGGAACUAUGUACUGUGUUAUUGUAGAGACUGCUGUUAAUAGGUUUGACUGUGUGACAAAGAAUUGCACAACUGGGCGACAAGAAUUUAAAACAAAAUAUAUAAAAGAAAACGUUUGGGUACUUUUCCGACGCGUUGCUGUUACCAUCACAGACACUUGGGUUCGGACCUAAUCCAUCCCGCUCUCCUCCGCCCCUGGUUAAGUUUAGCCAAUAAUGUUUUAACAUUUAACCAUGUAUUGAGCGUAGGCGUC